AUGCAGACUCUCUAAUCUGCAAGCUCUCUGUCAAGUCUCGUACCACAGCUGGACAAUGCUCAGUGAACGGAGGGACUCUCCUUCAGUAUGGUAACAGAAAUGAAGACACACUUUUGCGUAAACUGGAGAAGGAGGGGAAAGCCAUUCAAGUGUGCACAAUUUUGCCAGACAGCAUAAAAGGGGUUUUGGAAGAGAUGUGCAAGGAACCAGGGUUAUUCCUGACCACAGGAGAUCACACAAUGAAUGUCACCAUGAAGUCUCAAUAUAAACAAGGAGACCUCACUCAUGCCUGCUGGGCCUUCACCAAUGAUGGCCGGAAUGCCUCCUUCUGUUAUCUAACCAACAAGACUUGGAGGUGGAGUCAUCAUGACACAGGCAGUACUGUGAAACAAUGGGAGGCUAACAAGGACCAAUUAGAAGACCUCAGGAGGAUCUCUGAGGGAGAUUUCAGAGAUUGCCUCAAGAAAUUGUCCACACACUUGAGGGAAGAGCCAAUGUCCCAGGCUCUGUGUGGCUGCUAA